UCAGAUAGGAUGGCCGACGGUCUCCUGCCCGUCGCGUCGUUCGUGCGGACCGUGUGGACCAUGGUGACGAACGAGGAGGAGACGCUCAUCGCCUGGUCGCCGGACGGCGAGCGCAUCGUCAUCGCGGAUCCGCCGAGAUUCGCGGCCGAGGUCUGCCCGCGCUACUUCCGCCACAACAAGUGGACGUCCUUCGCGCGCCUCCUGAACAUGUACGAGUUCCACAAG